CGGUUCCAAGGUGAGAUGAGAUCCAGCGCAUCCGGCGCAGUAUAGCACAGGCCUCGGAUUCGAAAGGGGGAGCGAUCGUGGUAGCACCGAGAGAGCGCAGCGUCGCAGAGAAAGAAUGGCGGGCAAAGCUGCGGAAGCGGCGAAAUCCGCAGCGAAGGCGGUGAGCGGAUACCAGUACCCAUGGAGAGAGAAGCUGGCCAAGUACAAAGACGAGCUCUCCAAGGGCGUUUGGGGAUAUUGGCACCUCGGCGCAUGGAAGCCCCUUGGCCUUAGCGGGCGCCAUCGUGCACGCCUCCGCAAAGAAGUCCUACUCGCUGGAGAGGAUUGGCCGUACGAUCGUCCGAGGGGAGAGAUGAGAAGCAAGAGGAAAGGGCAUAAAUGCGACCGAAUUUCCGCAGAGAAGAGGGCAAAUACUGCUGAGCUGAUGAAGAAAAUGCCGCAAAUGUUACUGGAUUACAAGAAGCGCAGGUGGGAGAAAAAGAUGAAAGCAGAGGAUGCAAAAGACUAAGUUGGCCAUGCAGAAGAAAUAAUUUGUUUUCUGUUUCUUUCUAUUUUUUUCCUUUCCUUUUUCAAUCUCUGUUGCUAGAGGUGUUUAUAUGGUGUUGAUGAACAAGCCGCAAAGACUUGUUGUCUCAACAGAACAUUUUUGUUUUCUUUCCUUCGAAACAUGUUUUGCAAUGCUGUCUGAGAAAGGGGGAAAAGGAUGUUAGACUUCUCAAAUGGCACCUCUCAUUGUCAUCCGUGCCCCAUCCUCAAAAGCAGGGGCCCACCCUUGAAAGCGAUCAGGGGCUGUCCUCAAAUUCUGCCACUGGCAUUAGGCCUGUGAGCUUUGCUGAGUAUCUUUAUUACGUUGUAUUGUUCUGCAAUCUGCAUUCCCCGACGGGGUACUUGGAUGACCUUCUUCCCUCAAAUUGAUAUUGCUUCAUGUCUUUUCGGUAA